UCACACCCAGUCCCAGAUCGCACAACAAACGCCGUGAACGAGUGUCCCGGCCUCAACGUCCCUGCCUAGCUCAUCUGAAAAAAACUUCCUUGCCUAGCUAGCCCCCGCAAAACCAAUCGGUCCGAACUAAGCUCACUCGAUCUUCCGAUCUCCACAGACAUGGACAAGCUGGCAUCCUGCUGCCUCAGGCAUGGAGCACUACCGUCGUCCCACAAUUAUUCCAAGCCCUACAAUGCCGAGAGACCAACUUCGCUACCGCACCGGCCUCGCAGGAGGCGCUCCAUUAUUCCCGUCGUCCGCUGCAUCCUGACCAACCCCAACACGGCCAAAGGCCGCCACAGUACGAAGCCGCGACACGCCGACGAGUUCAGCAGCGGCUUCGACUUCGAGCAGUACCUGACGGCCCACGCCAAGUCCGUCCACGAAGCGCUGGACCGGGCCUUGGCCCUGCCGGCCCGCCUCGAGCACGAGCCGGACCACCACUGGCUCAUCGAGUCCAUGCGCUACUCCGUCCUCUCCGGCGGGAAGCGCGUCCGCCCGGUCCUCGCCAUCGCCGCGUGCGAGUUCGUGGGCGGGGACGCAGCGGCCGCGGCCCCCGUGGCGUGCGCCGUGGAGAUGGUCCACGCCAUGUCACUCGUCCACGACGAAAUGCCGUGCAUGGACGACGACGCGCUCCGCCGCGGCCGCCCCUCCUGCCACGCCGCGUUCGGCGAGCACGCCGCGCUGCUCGCGGGCGACGCGCUCCUCGCUCUCGCGUUCGAGCACCUCGCCCUUGGCUACGCCGACGCCGGCAUCGUCGUCCCCGCGGAGCGCGCGCUCCGUUCCGUGGCGGAGAUCGCGAACGCGGCCGGCAUCGGGGGCGUGGCCGCGGGGCAGCUCGCGGACAAGGCGUGCGAGGGCCGGGGCUCGCGCGUUGGUGUCGUCAGCCUCGCCACGCUGGAGCACGUCCACGUGCACAAGACGGCGCGGCUCCUGGAGGCCGCGGCCGUGUCCGGGGCGAUCGUGGGAGGAGGCACGGGCGCCGAGGUGGAGCGCGUCAGGCGGUACGCGCGCCGCGUCGGGCUGCUGUUCCAGGUGGUGGACGACGUCCUGGACGUGACGCGCACGUCGGUGGAGCUCGGGAAGACGGCCGGGAAGGAUCUGGUUGCCGACAAGUCCACGUACCCGAAGCUGCUGGGCGGGGUCGACAAGGCGCGGGCUUACGCGGACGAGCUCCUCGCGAUGGCCGAGGCGGAGCUCGAGGGGGUUGAUGCCCGGCGUGCCGCGCCGCUGCGCCAACUCGCGAGGUUCGUGGCCUACCGGCAGAACUGAUAGCAGAUACAUAGCUGGAGAGGGAUUAUGGUCGGAGAUAGCGAGCCAGAACAGUGAAUACAAAAAAAAAUAAGCAAUGUUUGUCAAAAAAAAAUGGGUGUGAUUAUUUCUCGGUCGCUUGAUUAUUAAGAAAAAAGUUUUAAAAUCUCAGUCGACGCAGUAGCACCGUUACAUCAAGAUUCUGGGCGUCAUCUCCAUUCCUUCAUCUCCCACGUGCGACAUCGCACGUCGACUUAUUUCUAACUAAAAUCAGUUAAUUUCUCUA